CCAAUCUCCCCAAUUUUCUUUUCUUUUUCCCCAAGAACUUCAUUCCUUCAUUCAUUCUACAAUACGCAACUGCAGCUCCGAACAACACUCCAAACAACCAGAAAACUAAAUAAAAUUACCAAGUCUAAUGGCAAGCAGAAAGCUGCUACGUGAUUUGUUACUCUCCAAGCGAUCACUUUUUCUUCCAUUCACACCAAACCAGGGUUCGAGUGCGAGGUUGCGUCUGCUUCUGGCGGAGAGGGGUGAGAAUGUUCGUAGGUACAGUGUCUUCGAUGAGUUCUCUAAGAAAAUUAAAGGUGAAGCUGAGAGAAACCCAGAAUUCCAGCAGUCUGUUAAGGAGUUGAAGCAAAAAGCGGGCGAGCUGAAAGGGGUAAAAGAAGAGUUGAAAGAAAGAACAAAGCAGAAAACUGAGCAGCUGUACAAAAAGGUGGAUGGAGUGUGGACCGAAGCUGAAGCUGCUGCAAAGAAGGUUUCUUCCAAUGUAAAAGAGAAGAUUUCAGUGGCAACUGAGGAGGUGAAAGAGACUUUUGGGAUUGGAAAGCAGGAUUCUUCUGGAUCAACUAGUUCUUCAGCGGAGCAAAAUGAUAAUGCAAAUCAAGGUUCAAAAGCAUCACCUAAGGAAGAGCAAAGCAAAACCUUUGAGUCAAGUAAUUCUUCAGAUUCUACUUUUGGCAAAUUUAAGUCAACCAUCCCCCCAAAUGUUUCUGCUGCUUUCCAAAAAUUAAAGGAAGCAAAGUUCGUAGACAUAGCCAAGAAAGGUUAUGACGUUGUAAGAGAAGAGCUGAGUAGUAAUUCAACCAAGAGAAGGCGUGUUCCUUUUGCAUCGCCUGGGGAAAGAAGUGAAAGAACAGAACUUGUUGUUGUGCCUUCUAAGCAAUCUUGGUGGAGUAAGAAGUUUGAUGAGUUCAAGGACAAGGUUAAAGCCCAUCCUGUAUCCAAGCGAUUCAUUAAAUAUAGUGACCCAGUGAAGACAAAAGGCCAAGAGAUAGUAGAGGACUUGCGGGAACGAUAUGAAACCAGCGACAGCCGCAUUAUUCAUAAAAUACAGGAUAUCAAUGAUGGUUUGUUUCAAGAGUCAGAUGUUGCGCUUUCAAACAAGGAAAUACGUCAACGGGAUCCGUAUUUUUCCUUACCCGAAUUUAUGGAGGAAGUGCAGGAAGCAAUAAAACCGGUUCUCAAUGCUUAUAUCAAGGGAGAUGUUGAAACCCUGAAGAAGUACUGUAGCCCUGAGCUAAUUGAACGUUGCAAAGCAGAGCACACUGCCUACCAAAGCCAUGGUAUCUUCUUUGAUAACAAGAUCCUUCAUGUAUCUGAUGUAGAGUAUAGAGAGACAAAGAUGAUGGGAUCAUCUCCAGUAAUCAUUGUGACGUUUCAAACACAGCAAAUCUAUUGUGUACGAGACAGGAAUGGAGCAAUUACAGAGGGAGGCAAGGACACGAUCCACACUGUAAUAAAUGCUUGGGCUUUGCAACAAAUGGAGCAAGAUGAAGGUGGAGAAGAUGGUAUCUACCUAAUGUGGAGACUAAGAGAGAUGCAACAGCAAGGCAUGCAAACCCUCAUUUAGUGGUAGCUGUAGCUUUUCACAUUUUUGCUGCCUUUUAAAGUUUUUGUAUGGUUGAGGCGUUGAGCCAACUUGCAAAGUACCCCAUGUGCGCACGGGUUGUAUCCGUUGAAAUGUUACUAUUGUUAACAAGUAUUAUAUAUUCUUUUCACAAAAUAAGAAAAAAAAAGGUAAAGUCUAUUUUUUGUCUU